AUAUCCAUAUCCCCCCAAGGACCGAGUAACCUUAGACGUAGGCCAACAUGUGUACUUGUCAGUUUCGGAAAAAGUUCCAAGUUAGUUGAGUGAGUUUACCUAGCUGCGCAGAAACGCACUGCGCAGGCAUGUUUUGCUGGACAUCGCCAUCUUGGGUUUCACCACGGAUUGCGCCACGGCGGCGACAGACGGGGAACAAAAUUGUUACAAAUAGACAGUCAUUACUUCAACAGUUUUAGCCAGGGGAAGUCCGCUUGUUGUAUGAUCAUCUCCUACAUCUGAAGUGAUACUUUAGUUUUGUUUUCCAUCCUUUAGAUAUCACCAUGUCUAAGGAGUCCAAAGAGAAGCUGACCAGAAUAGCCAUUGUCAGUUCAGACAAGUGCAAGCCUAAGAAAUGUCGUCAGGAGUGCAAAAAGUCCUGUCCAGUUGUGAGGAUGGGAAAGCUUUGUAUAGAAGUCACUCCAGCAGACAAAAUAGCCUUCAUCUCUGAAGACCUGUGUAUAGGUUGUGGUAUAUGUGCAAAGAAAUGUCCAUUUGAGGCUAUUGCUAUUAUUAACCUUCCCAGCAACCUGGAGAAGGACACCACUCACAGAUACAGUGCAAACUCAUUUAAAUUACACAGACUUCCUAUACCCAGACCUGGGGAAGUGCUAGGAUUGGUGGGGACAAAUGGUAUAGGAAAAUCCACAGCUCUCAAAAUCUUGGCGGGCAAGCAGAAACCUAACCUUGGUAGAUUUAGUGAGCCUCCUGACUGGACAGAGAUCCUGACAUACUUCAGGGGUUCAGAACUGCAGAACUACUUCACAAAGAUCUUAGAGGAUGAUCUGAAGGCUGUCAUCAAACCUCAGUAUGUGGAUCAAAUCCCCAAGGCAGUUAAGGGAUCAGUACAACAGUUACUGGAUAAAAAAGAUGACCUAAGUAUACAGAAGAGGAUCUGUGAUGAGUUAGAUUUAAACACAGUUCGUGACAGAAAUGUGGAAGACUUAUCAGGUGGUGAAUUACAAAGAUUUGCCUGUGCUAUUGUGUGUGUUCAGAGGGCAGAUAUAUUUAUGUUUGACGAGCCGUCUAGUUACCUGGAUGUGAAGCAGAGAUUAAAGUGUGCUUUGUGUAUACGUGGGUUGAUUCACCCUGACAAGUUUAUCAUCGUGGUGGAGCACGAUUUGUCUGUACUGGACUACCUGUCUGACUUCAUCUGCUGUCUUUACGGGGUACCCGGGGCCUACGGGGUAGUCACUUUACCCUUCAGUGUUAGGGAAGGUAUCAACAUUUUCCUGGAUGGGUUUGUGCCAACGGAGAAUCUGCGAUUCAGAGAAACUUCAUUGACAUUUAAAGUUGCUGAAACAGCAACAGAGGAAGAGAUUAAGAGAAUGUGUCGAUAUGACUAUCCAAACAUGAUGAAGAAAUUAGGUGAUUUUGAAUUGAGCAUACAUGAAGGGCAGUUUACGGAUUCUGAGAUCGUCGUGAUGUUGGGAGAAAAUGGCACAGGCAAAACAACAUUCAUCAGGAUGCUGGCAGGCAGAUUAGUCCCAGAUGAGGGAGGCCAAGUCCCUGUGCUGAAUAUCAGCUACAAACCUCAGAAAAUCAGUCCCAAAUCACAAGGCAGUGUGAGACAGUUAUUACAUGAGAAAAUCCGAGACUCUUACAUUCACCCUCAGUUUGUGACGGAUGUCAUGAAACCAUUACAGAUAGAGCAGUUGAUGGACCAAGAGGUCCAGCACUUGUCAGGAGGUGAGUUACAGCGAGUGGCCUUAGCUCUGUGCCUGGGGAAACCAGCUGACGUCUACCUGAUUGAUGAACCCUCAGCUUACCUGGACUCUGAACAGCGUCUGCAUGCAGCCAAGGUCAUCAAAAGAUUUGUGCUUCACGCAAAGAAGACUGCAUUUGUAGUGGAGCACGACUUCAUCAUGGCCACUUACCUGGCUGACAGGGUGAUUGUGUUUGAAGGUGUACCAUCUAUCAAGACACUCGCCAACAGCCCUCAGUCACUGCUCAAUGGAAUGAACAAGUUCCUGGAGUCUUUGUCAAUCACAUUCAGACGAGAUCCUAACAACUUCAGACCAAGAAUCAACAAGCUGAACUCAGUGAAGGAUGUGGAGCAGAAGAAGUCUGGGAAUUUCUUCUUCCUGGAGGACUGAGAGAGGAGGCGAGGAGAAGCUUGUACUAACCAUAACUGGAGGGGGAAAAAACGACCAAAUAAUCACCAUGGCUGACCAAAACUGGAGAGAAAUACAGCCAAAUAAUCACCAUGGCUGACCAAAACUGGAGACAAAUACAGCCAAAUAAUCACCAUGGCUGACCCAAAACUGGAGACAAAUAUGGCCAAAUAAUCACCAUGGCUGACCAAAACUGGAGACAAAUAUGGCCAAAUAAUCACCAUGGUUGACCAAAUUAUCGGUGUUGCCGAUGAAAGCUGGAGGGGACACCAUCUAAAUAAUCAGUCUGAAAGUAGAGUUAGAUGGAGGGGGUUGUACAAUAUAUAAUACAGUUAUCCAAAUGCAGUCAGAUUUCAGAUCCAGUGAUAUACAAAUAUGCAAUGGGUUUCCUAAUACUGGUGCGGAUGGUUCUUGAAGUAUUUGUGUCCCAGCUCUCCACUGUGUUUCUCUCUUGUAUAUCCAUCAGUGAAUUUGAAUUACGUUAGUUUUCUCCAAGUGUGUUAAAUUUAACAAGCUAUAUAACAUGUAAUUUGUUUGUAGGAACGUAACUUGGAUGGGUUGUCUCCCCUGAAAGAACCACGCGUACACCCACAUUGUGGUACAAAUUCAUCUGUAAAAUACUGCAAUGGUAUUAAAAAAUUGUUAUAUCAUAAGAUAUGUUAUGGUGUUGAAGUUUGGCUAUAAUGUACUGGUAUUGUGGCAAAACGUGUACUCAUUUUUACAAUAUAUGUAAUUAAGUUAUUGGACUGUUUCUCUUUAUUAUGUGUAAAAUUGAUGAAGUUUUAAUAUUUAUGACAAGCUGCUUAUCACAAUCAUAAGAUAUGUCAAUUAGCAUAUCAGAAUAUUUCAGUUUGUACAAGUUUGCAACUUUAUAAUACAUCUGUCUUGUUUAUUAUAUCUGAUCUAUUCAAAUAAUGAAAAGUGUAAACUUUUUCUGUGAAUUUAGAUAUUUGUACCGAUUGCGUCACCAAGUUGAUCUUAUGUGGUUUGUGACAAAAAAGAAAGUAUAGCUAAGUGAAGUGUUGAGUUUACCAAGCAUUCAAGACACUACCUCUAGAUAUAAAUGUACUCAAACUGAACGGAUUCAUGCUCAAAUCCAGCUCUCAGUGGCAGGAAUAUAGCUUCAUUUUAUUGAACUUGGUUAGCAUAUAGGUCCUACUUUUAAUAAUAGAGCUAUCAAUAUUUUUCAAACAAGUGUAUUACGACUUCAAACAAAUAUAUUACGACUUAAACAAAUAUAGAACGACUUAAACAAAUAUAGAACGACUUCAAACAAAUAUAGAACGACUUCAAACAAAUGUAUAUCAGCUUCAGACAAACAUAUAUAGAAAUCUACGUACAUAUAUAAAUGUGUAAGGUGGAUUACACAAGGUCAGUUUGAAUAGAACGUUUUAUUUGUUCCAUCAUUCCGAACAGUUGAAUUGAAACUUUGUACAUGGCUUCACCAUUGCGAGUUACAGAUUGAAUUUUGUAUUAUGUUUAUUUCAACGAAAUUAUGGCCGUUUUUCCAUGCUACAGUUGUCUGAUUGUCUUGUCAUCUUCAACAUGACAUUUUGAUGGCUCAAACAUGUAGGUGUUGCUAAAACAAAGCUUUCAGAAUGUUUGUAAAGUUCUUGGCGUAUUUGUUUCUCGUCUAUAGAAGUCAUUUGAAUAUUACCGUAAUAUACAUGUAGAUAUAAGCGUAAUAAAAUCUCCCCGCAUCUACCAAUAAUGAACGAAACAAUUCUGUAAAAAAAAAAAAAAGUGUCUGGCGGGUGGCCAGUAGGGCUUGUUAUAUAUCUGUACAUUCACCCUGUGUUAUGAAAUACUGGAGGAAGCCUCUUUCAUGUCAACAUCAAAGUGAAUAUCAAAGUCAUUGUUUAUAUAUGAAA